UAGUUCCAGAGCUGCACAAUCCAGACUCCAGAGCUGCCCGGAAGGAAACGGACACCCAUCAUAUCUCUCGCCAACAACUAAGAAACAGUUGCAAAUCAUCACCACGAUGGCGCCGAAUGGAAUCCCCAUCGCCACUCUCGGCGGAAAUGCCAAGAUCGCCGAAGGAGUCAGCGCUCUCCUUGCUCCCGACUAUGACUUCGUGCACAUCUGCCUGAGCCCGGAGACCGCCCUGGCCGAGCUGCCGCAGGUGUGCGCGGGCAAGCUGGACGGGCCGAACGCGGCGCAGCUGGGCAGCAACGCGCAGCGCGCCGUCGGCGAGCGCCGCACUCCGAAGGCCGUCGUCUUCGGCGCCGGGGUCGCCGACGCCGAGGCGGACAACAUCGUGGCGGCCAUCAAGGAGGUUGCGCCCGACAUCAACAUCGUGCGUGUCCCGCGCGAGGAGGUGGUGGCCGCCUCCGGCGGCAAGACGCCGCCCGAGGUCGGCGUGAUCGCCAAGAUUGUGAAGGAAAAGCUGGACGCGCUGGUUGCGAAGGGGCUGUUGGAGGCUGCUGCUUGAUUUAAUUGAGCUCCGCAUUGCAGUCAAUCUGGGGGAAUGGAGCAGUAGUGUGGUAGUGUGAGAGGGCACGGCUGGUAAUCAAGAGCGCAGACCGGUUCAGAGAUAGUUGCUAGACGAUGGGUCAUGCAACGGUGGGCAGAACUGAACGAAGGGUGUUUUUCCAUCAGGUGUUUCUCCUGCCGAAUGUGUGAUUCAUUAUAGAAUGUUCGCCGAGAUGCUCCU